CCUUUUCGUCUUUUUCUAUGUAAAAUCCCCAAUUUUCCUUCGCCCAUUUUCACUCUCAAUUCUCAGCUCCAAUGGACGAAAACGAUGAUUUCUCCGUUCCUACUCCAUCUCUCAAGCAGAAACUCAAAAACUCCCUCUGUUUCUCCUGUUGCUUCCCUCACCGCCGUCCUCCGCCGCCGCCGCCGUCAUCGUCCGAUGAGAAUCCGGCGCUGAUUUGGGUCAACAACGAUGAACCUAGUAACCUUCCAAAAUUAAAAGAUAAGGUGUUAAACGUUCUGAAUUUCGUCGGAACUGGAUCGAAUCGACACAAAAGACACGCUUCUACUGAUUUCCGUUACGAUCCGAUGAGUUAUUCGCUGAAUUUUGAAGAUGGAUUUGAUGAUAAUGAAGAAAUUGCUCCUUUGAGGAAUUUCUCCUCUCGACUUCCUCCUUCGCCGCCGGUGAAAUCCAUGCCAGUGAGGGAAGUAGCUGCUGCAAGUUAAGUGCUUUUGUGUGGUAAUUUUACUCUGUUUUGUUGUUUUUUUCCUUUAUAGAGAUGAAAUUACAGUUGAGUUUGAUUCUGUACAUAGAUUUAUAAUCUUAAAAUUCUUGCCUUUUUUCGCUGUUU